AUGGCUUUAACACCGGGCAACAAUAUCGUGAAAACAAUUUCUCUUGAUCCACAAAGCUACACAAUUCCUGCAGAAGAUCUCGCACUCCUUGAUCCAACCGAGGGUGCUACUGGCGUUUACAACCCCACCCAAAAGUUCGAGGCAUUGCAGCUUGAGCAUGGGGUGCGCUACACACUUGAUAACAAUACACUCAGUAAGCGCAGUGGCACCCACGAAUUUGGGACGUGGUCAGGAUCUUCUUGUUCAGGAACCGUUGAGGGUUAUGUAAUCGGCUUCGGCUGCGGCGUUUGUGUUACAUGGGGAUAUCGGGCAACCCUCAGCGGACUAGAAGCAGGUACAGGUCAUUAUCUGGGGUUGUGUGAGAUGCUCAUGGUACAUGCCGUCUUGCGCCACGAGACUCGCUUCCAUGGCAAGAUCCGGAAGGGUGACACAAUUUGA